GACGCAGCGGAGCCAAACGGAGGCAGAGCGGAUCAAUUUGGAGCUUCGGCGGCUGAUCGGGAUAAUGCAGCGCCGUUGACUGCCGUGUCGAAUCGUUUUCUUCUCGAGUCCAGCAGAGUCCCCUGGUCUCCAGACGUUACUCUGCACCGGGUCUGAAUGAGCUGCCUCCAAGGCCUGGCCUAGAUCCUGGUUCUCCUCCUCCUCCCGUCACCUCCCUCCUUUUCCCUCCCCUCCCCCUCCCUCUCUCCCUUCCUCCUCACACCUGGACCAACGGACCCCUCCUUUAGGUGGAUGAAUGAAGACCCCAUUCAAGAGCCCAGCGGCCCCACGGCCCCGAGCGGACGGGGGACAUUCAGGAGUUUCUGCAAACAUGAUGAAGAAGAAGAACCCACACAAGAAACCGAGGACCAGUGUUGGGCCCAGUAAGACUCUGGUUCAGCCCAGGAGGAACAUUGUCGGCUGCAGGAUCCAGCACAUCUGGAAGGAAGGCAGUAAGUCGUCCCAGUGGAAGGGGACGGUUCUGGACCAGGUCCCUGUGAACCCGUCCCUGUACCUGAUCAAAUAUGACGGUUUCGACUGCGUUUACGGCCUGGAGCUGUACUCGGACGAGCGGGUGGUGGGGCUGGAGGUGCUGCCCGACAGAGUGGCUCCGGCCCGUGUCAACGACUCUCUGCUGGCGGAGACGAUGAUCGGGAAGGCGGUGGAGCACAUGUUCGAAACGGAGGACGGGCCGAAGGAGGAGUGGAGGGGGAUGGUCCUGGCCCGAGCCCCCAUCAUGACCUCCUGGUUCUUCAUCACCUACGAGAAGGACCCGGUCCUGUACAUGUACCAGCUGCUGGACGACUACAAGGAGGGGGACCUGCGCAUCAUGCCCGACUCCAACGACAGCGUGGCGGCGGAGCGGGAGCCCGGCGAGGUGGUGGACAGUCUGGUGGGGAAGCAGGUGGAGUACGCCAAAGAGGACGGUGGGAAGCGGUCCGGGAUGGUGAUCCAUCAGGUGGAGGCCAAACCCUCCGUCUACUUCAUCAAGUUCGACGACGACUUCCACAUCUACGUCUACGACCUGGUCAAGACCUCCUAAGUCCUGGAAGAGUUCCAAAAG